AUCGACACGUCGAGUUCCAUCACCAAACCCUAACCAAGAACCCGGGUCGACUCGACGCUCGCCGAAUCGGAAGGAAGAGGAAGGCGAAGAGCGGAGGGCGAACGGGGAAGGGAGAUGAAGGUCCGCGCGUCGGUGAAGCGGCUGUGCGGGUUCUGCAAGGUGGUGAAGCGCCGGGGCAUCGUCUUCAUCCAAUGCACCGCUAACCCCAAGCACAAGCAGCGCCAGGGCUUCUCCACCAUCGCCGAAGCCGCCGCCUCAUGCCUCCACCUGCCGCCGCCACCGCCACCGCCCGCCAGCGGCUCCGCCUCCGCCGAGGCAUUCGCGGAGGCUUCUAAGGUGGCUAGGCAAGAGAUGUCUAUGAAGUUUAAUUGGCCACUGGGUUUAGCUGCCCUGUUGAAGAAUGGUGCAAAAUAAUGCAUCUGCUCUACUUGUUUAAUAAAAAUCGGAGAAUACUAUGUAGUUCGUGAUUUGAUAUCAAGUGUAGCAUCCAGUCUGUCACAAGAAUACCAAGCUGUACCAUCAUCAUGUACUUGCAGUCACUACUCAUUAGUUGAAUAAUAUGAGCAAAUGUUACUACUCUGUUAUCUUAA